UUGCUUCCCACUGACUGCGAGUCAUGAAGCCCGUCAAACAGACGAGGCAGGGCCACGGUCGAAGUUGGGAUAGGGCCGUCUGUUGCCGGAGAGUCGACGAUAUCGAGGCUGCUUGACCACAGAUAUGCUCACAAUUCCAUUUUUAUGCCCGUCGUCAGCCGAGUGAGCGGCCGACAUAUGCCAGCCGGUUUCCUACUUUUAGGCGAGGGACUUAGUUAUUCAAGUAAAAGCCAACUCUCCCUUCAGCAGACCGAGGAUGAUUUUUUCUAAUACUGGAAACCCACUAAGGACUCAGUUUCGCAAACAGUCACCCGUUAGCCUCCUGUCUCAUCCCAUGGCUCCGCCCAGCCCAAGUAACAACAGCAGCACCAACAACAGCAGCAGCAGUAGCACUGCAGGCUGGGAGCAACUCAGCAAAACCAACCUCUACAUCCGAGGCUUGUCCCCGUCAACAACAGACCAUGACCUGGUCAAACUCUGUCAGCCGUAUGGCAAAAUUGUAUCAACAAAAGCCAUCCUGGACAAGACGACAAACAAAUGCAAAGGAUACGGCUUUGUGGAUUUUGAUAGCCCCACCGCAGCUCAGAAAGCUGUGGCUGCCCUAAAGACCAGUGGCGUUCAAGCUCAGAUGGCCAAGCAACAAGAGCAAGACCCAACCAACUUGUAUAUCUCCAACCUGCCCCUAUCCAUGGACGAGCAGGAGCUGGAGAACAUGCUGAAGCACUUUGGCCAGGUCAUAUCCACUCGUAUCUUGAGGGACUCGGGCGGAGCGAGCAGAGGAGUGGGAUUUGCCAGGAUGGAGUCCACAGAAAAAUGUGACGCCGUCAUUUCUCACUUCAACGGCAAGUUCAUCAAGACGCCUGCCGGUGUUCCAGCACCGGCUGAACCUUUGCUUUGCAAGUUCGCCGACGGCGGGCAGAAAAAGAGACAAAGCCAAAACAAGUUUGUUCAGAACGGUCGCGCUUGGCUCCGAGAUGGAAACGCCAGACUGGCUGGAAUGACGCUCACGUAUGAUCCCAGUGCAGCUGCCAUGCAAAACGGAUUUUUCCCGACAGCGUACAGCAUUUCCAACAGGAUGAUUGCUCACACGCCCUUGUCCACGUACAUGUCUCCAGUUUCAGCAUACCAGGUGCAGAACCCGUCGUGGAUGCCUCAUCAGCCCUACAUCAUGCAGCACCCCAGUGCAGUCAUAUCGCCCUCUGUGGAGCCAUCGUUGUCGCUGCAGCCGACAUCCCUGAUGACUCCCCUGGCCCAGCAAAUGAGUCACAUGUCUUUGGGCAAUGCAGGAGCGUUCAUGGCCACCAGCAGUCCGAUGCAGAGUGCUUACAUCCCUCAGUACGCGCAUAUGCAGCCAGCAGCUGUCCCCGGAGAUGAAAAUGGAGUCGCGUCUCAGGUGGACAACCCGUCGUCGUACGUCUACCAACAAACCAAGUAGUGCAGACUUAACGUUUGGACAACCACUACAGCAAUCCCGGCAACAAAAAGCAAUGAACGCUAUACAAGGCCUUCACCGUUUUGCACUGGUUCUACAAUUGUCGCGAGGCUAUUUUUUUUUUUGCGCGACCGUUUUGGAGGAGCCGAAAAGAAUACUCUUCGCUUUAUCAAAUGAUUUUAACAAGUACUAAAAGACCAUGUUUUGAAAAGUUUUUAAACAUUUUCGUACAAGAAAAAAAAGGUUUAUUUUUUACCAAAGAUUGCCAGCAAAUACAAGAAGAAAAAAAAACCCGUGCAUAAUGGUGAUCAAUGUCUUUUUCUGCUUUGAUAUUUGGACGUUUUUUUUUGUGCUUGCUGUGCGAGUGUUGCCAUGGCCAAGUGUUUCACGUUUUCCUCUCCCGUCGUGCUUUCAGAUGACAAUGCUAUCCGAUUACACCUUGCCUUAACAGUUUUGCUACAGUGAUUGUUUAGAUCGCCACCAAAAACUACAAAAAAACGACACAAAAAAAAAACAUGGAAGCGAGGGGCUGUUGCUUUGUAAAUGAGCUACGUCAUGUGUUUUUGCGGCACCAGGCCUACGGAGUAGAUGUAGAAAUGUACUGACGCCUGUUGAUUUUAUUUUUAUAUUUAUUUGGAAAAAGAUGACUUUACAUGGUCCGAGAUUUUUUUUUUGCCGUUGGAUCUAGCCUUUUUUUUUUUUGCCCAUCUCAUUUAAGCUAGCUGACAUUAAGUUGGUGAGGCAAGAAUCCUUUUUUUCGUGGUAACUUUGGGUUGCUUUUUAGAUGACUUUUUAAAAAAAAACGUUUAUUUAACAAGCCAAGAGGAACACAUAGAUUUAGAACUGUACACACGCACACACGCACACACGCAACACGCGACAAAGCCUUGACAAUGGACUUUGUGGGAGCUAACAGGAGACACGUGUUGUAUCGUACCUCUGUUUUGAAUAGGAAACCAACAGUCGGCACUUUGUUUUUAUCACCAAAGAUUAGAAGUUUUAUAUACGGAGGAAACAGAAUCGUGUCUUUUACCAGAAAGCGGGGUGACUCUCCAAAGUAAAGCUUGCGGCGACGGACUGUGCCUUUUCUCAACAUUUACACUCAGCUAGCAUACGGACAGGUAGCGGUAAAUAUGGAGGCUAGCAAGCGUAAAAGUCAGCCAGAAUCCAACAAGUGCCACAGACUAUGUUCUGACAGAAAAGGAGACGAGGUAAUAUGAUAAUGAGGAGCUAGUGUUAAAAAAAACUAAAAUGUGGUUUGAUCUGAUAUGACAAGUGGUGCUUUCAAUAUAUAUACAUCUAUCUUUCUCUAUAUUGUUUUGGCUAACAUUCUUGAUCAAGGUGCCCUUCUGCUAUUCCAACAAGUGGUCAGUCAGACCAGAUAUCUACCUCAGUUUUUCAAUGUUCCUCAGUUCUAAACCGGGUUAGCUAGUCCAGCCCACUUCCCAGACCAAAUUCUACGCUCAGGAGCUGGUCACACGGUGUCGUUUCCUGUAGGAUUUUUUAUUUUUUUUUCCUGAAAAGGUUUUUCCUCCAAACAUCUUUGUACGUUGUGUUUUUGUUUUCAGGAAGGGGGGAGUUCAAACGCACGCUUCCAGCUUUAGUCAACAACUACUUUCGCCUCAGUAGAUUCCAAGGACAAUAAGUUGGUGUUCACUGGAUAUGUGCUCAUUUUCUAAUAGUUUGACACCCCAUCGUGGGUGGAGAACAAACUCACAAGCGCCAUUAGUUGGGUGUCAAGCGUUACUGAGGUUAUGCGUCACGCCCGAGACUGAGAGCUAAUAUCGUUUUGUGAGAUUUUGCUGCCCGAAAGGCGUCUAAACCAAGUGCCAUAGUAUCGGGGGUCAAAAACUGCAGCAGUGUGUCAAAGAAAAACUGCUCUCACAAGCAACCAUCAUGUUGAACAGUCAUUGGGUUGUAAUGAAAAGAAAGGUAAUUUAUAAAGAUGUUUUUGUACAGAGAUUGAGGAAGAGGUUUAUGAAAAGUUUGGUUUUGUCGUUAUUGAUUUGUACCGCAUUCUUGCCUGUGGUGAUUUAUUUGUACAGUAAAAAGCUUCUUUAUGUCCGUUUGGUAGUGUUUGUUAGGGCCGAACUUGGUUCCCCUUGUAGAUUUCUGCCUCAGGUUUAUUCUUUUUACUUGGAUUUUUUUUUAAAUAAAAGGAAACUGAUUUUUUUGUA